AUGGCGGCUCGGCAGAGGGGCGGGGACUACAGAGCAUUCAUCCUGCUCUCCAUCCUCCUGGGGACCCAGAGCGAAGUCUGGGCAGGACAGAUUCUCUACUCCGUGCCGGAGGAGACAGAGACAGGGUCUUUUGUCGGUGAUAUCGCCAAGGAUCUGGGACUGGAGCCCAAGGACCUGGCGGAGCGCGGGGUCCGCAUCGUCUCCAGAGGUAGGACGCAGCUCUUCUCUCUGAAUCCGCGAAGCGGCAGCUUGGUCACCGCGGGCAGGAUAGAUCGCGAGGAGCUCUGCGCCCAGAGCGCGCGGUGUCUGGUGAACUUUAACAUCCUGGUGGAAGAUAAAAUGAAUCUUUAUCGUAUAGAAGUGGAAAUAAUGGAUAUUAAUGACAACGCUCCUAAAUUCCUGACGGAAGAAAUGAAUGUGAAAAUAAUGGAGAAUACAGCUCCUGGGGUGCGAUUUCCUUUAAAUGAGGCUAGGGAUCCGGAUGUGGGCACGAACUCUCUCCAGAGCUACCACCUCAGCCCCAAUCGCCACUUCUCCCUGGUUGUGCACACCGGAGAGGAUGGAACUAAAUAUCCGGAAUUAGUGCUGGAGCAGGUACUGGACCGGGAAGAAGUGGCAACUCACCACCUCCUCCUCACCGCCUCUGAUGGCGGUGACCCACCACGAUCCGGAACCGCUCGUGUCCAAGUAACAGCGGUGGACGUGAAUGAUCAUGCGCCAGUCUUCUCUUUGCCCCAGUACCAAGUAACUGUGCCUGAGAACGUGCCAGUGGGCACAAGACUGCUGACGAUAAAUGCUGUAGAUCUGGAUGAGGGAGUGAACGGGGAAGUGACGUACUCUUUUCCGAAAAUUACUCCAAAAAUUCUACAGAUAUUCCAGCUGAACUCUCACACAGGAGAAUUAUCAACUCUAGAUGGCCUAGAUUAUGAAGAAUCUGGCUACUAUGAAAUGGAAGUUCAAGCUCAGGAUGGUCCUGGUAGUAUGACAAGGGCUAAAGUACUGAUCACAGUUUUAGAUGUGAAUGACAAUGCCCCAGAAGUGACUGUAACAUCUGUAAGCAGCUCAAUCCCCGAAGACACUCCUCCUGGAACAGUAGUAGCGCUUUUCUACCUUCAAGACCGAGAUUCUGGGAAGAAUGGCCAAGUGACCUGCACUAUUUCAGAAGAUCUGCCUUUUAAAUUAGAAAGAUCUAUAGACAACUAUUACAGAUUGGUGACAGCAGAGAACCUAGACCGGGAAAAAUUCUCUGCGUAUAACAUCACACUGAAAGCCACAGAUGGUGGAAGCCCACCCUUGUCCACGACAACUCACAUCUCCAUGAGCGUGGCAGACACCAACGACAACCCACCUGCCUUCCUGCACUCCUCGUACUCUGUCUAUGUGCCUGAGAAUAACCCCAGAGGCACCUCCAUCUUCUCCGUGACUGCACAUGACCCUGACAGCAACGAGAACGCCCGUGUCACAUACUCCCUAUUUGAAGAUACUCUCCAGGGGCCAUCUGUGUCCUCCUACGUCUCCAUCAACUCAGAUACUGGUGUCCUCUAUGCACUGCACUCCUUCGACUAUGAGCAGUUCCGUGACCUGCAGUUGACAGUGACUGCAAGUGACAGUGGGGACCCACCACUCAGCAGCAAUGUGUCUCUGAGCAUAUUUGUGCUGGACCAGAAUGACAACACACCUGAGAUUCUAUACCCUGCUCCCCCCACUGACGGUUCUACCGGUGUGGAGCUGGCACCCUGCUCUGCAGAGCCAGGCUACCUAGUCACCAAGGUGGUGGCAGUGGACAGAGACUCAGGACAGAACGCCUGGCUGUCCUACCACCUGCUCAAGGCCAGUGAGCCAGGGCUGUUUGUGUUGGGACUGCACACGGGCGAGGUGCGCACAGCGCGGGCCCUGCUGGACAGAGACGCGCUCAAGCAGAGCCUGGUGGUGGCCGUCCAGGAUCAUGGGCAGCCUCCUCUCUCAGCCACCGUCACACUCACGGUGGCUGUGGCCGACAGCAUCCCAGAUGUCCUGGCGGACCUGGGCAGCCUGGAGGUCCCGCACGACUCUGACGCUUCAGGCCUCACGCUGUACCUGGUGGUGGCUGUGGCUGCGGUGUCCUGCGUCUUCCUCGCCUUUGUCAUCGUGCUACUGGCGCUCAGACUGCGGCGUUGGCACAGAUCUCACAUGCUGCAAGCUUCGGGAGGUGUCCCCAUAAGUGUACCGGCGUCUCAGUUUGUGGGCAUGGAUGGGGUGCGGGCUUUCCUGCAGACCUAUUCGCAUGAGGUCUCGCUCACCGCAGACUCUCGGAGGAGUCACGUGAUCUUCCCACAACCCAACUAUGCAGACACACUCAUCAGCCAGGAGAGCUAUGAGAAAAAGGAUCCCUUGUUAACAUCCAUAGAUUUUCGUGAAUGUAAGGAUGAAGCCCAAAGUAUUCAGGUGAGUUCAGUCAUUCAUUGA